CUGACUGCCACAGGGAAGGAUCUCUGGUUGGAGAUCCCUCCUUUUGGAGUUUUCUAUUGUGAGCUUAGGAUGCAGAAAAACACGUGAAAAAUGAAGACUGUGCGUUCAGUGAGGAAAUUGUGCAGCACCUUGAAGACACUAUUGCUGCUAUUGAGAAAUUGGAAGAAAUGCGAAGGAAUACCAUUGAAUGCCUAGAAGAAGAGACUAUAAAAAACAGCAAGCUUCGCUUCAGAAUGCACAAUUUUCCAGGAGAGAUUGCUGCAGAGAUGACAGCUCUUGUUGCUGCGUCACGUGAAUCUGGCGCUGCUAAGAUGAAUCAGCUGCAGUCUGCAUUGAAAAACAUUGCUUCUGAAAUUGAAUUAUUGGAUGAGAAGCAAACCCUUUGUGAAAGGCAGAAUGCUGCACUGUGUGAGGAACAAAAGCGCCUGCAGAUACAGCAUAAAGAAAAAGUGGACUUACUGAAUGAAAGGAUGGCAACAAAAAUUAACACAAAUGUGCUCUUACUGGAGACUGAUCGUAAAACAAGAGCUACAGAAAGAGAAAUAAUCAGAGCAAAGGCAGAGUUAGAAGAACUACAAGAAAAAAUAGCUGAAAAAAUGAGUCAGCUUGAGAAAGAGAUGGAAGUGUGUGAUGGAAAGAGCAGAGAAAUGAAAAAAAUCCUUGAUGCUCAAAAGGAAAAAACUUUGGCAAAAAAGCACGUGUUUGAAAACCUGAAUAUAAAAUUAUUGGACCUGCAACGUCUGAUAAGUCUGAAUUCCACAGCAAUACAUAACGAGGAAAUUCUCAUCACAAAACUGAAAGAAAAGAGGGAAUGUUUGGAAAAGCAGAUGGCUGUCAAACAGGCAGACAUGGUGGCAGCCUUGGAAAAGAGAAAUCAGAUUGAUUCUGAGUUACUGCUUUCACAAUCAAAAAUUGCACAAGAAAAAGAGGAUUUUGAUCAGGAACUUGGAAAGGCUAAUAAAUAUCUACAAAGCACUGAAUGCCUGAACAACAAACUUAAAUUGGAAAACAAAGCUGUGCACCAGAAGCUUGAGCGAGCACUGGAAGAAGAAAAACACUGGUCCAGAAGAAGAGAUGAGAUGGAGGCAAAAUUGAGGAGGUUAUCUGUUCUGUUAGAUGAGAAGCGUGAAUUUCUAGAAAAACUUGUGAUGAAAGCAAAAAACCUGGAGAAGGAAACUGAACAUCUUGAAGACAGCCUAUUAAUAGCCAAGGAAAGUAAUGCAAAGGAACUGGCAUCUCUAGAGCAAAAAUUGAAGGCAGAAAAUAAGAUGAGAGUGAUGCUUCAGUGGAAGCUACUAUACUUAGCAAUGCAAAGCAAACUCUUUCUUUUGGAGGAGGAGAAUAUAAGCAGAAGAGUGAAUGAAAGGAUAGAGACUGGUGAGAAAAGGCAUGCUGAGCUUCUUCUGGAGACCAAAGAGCUUGAAAAAGAACUUCUUCAGUCUGAAAACCAAAUCAAAGCGCUGACUGAAGAAGCAAUAAAGAGAAAAAAUGAUUACAGGAGUUAUAAUGAAGAUUUUACUAAUAAAAUAAAAUAUCUGGAGGAUGUCAUCAAAACUGCAAGUGAAAAUCUUCUUAAAAUAGAACACAAGUUUAAGGUGAGCAGGAUAACUUUGGAAGAAACCCAGAAGGAAAGAGAGGAGAAGUAUGCAGAAUAUGAAGAGUUGAGGAAAUCAUUUUUGAAAAAGAAAGAUGAAGAGUUACAAAUCCGAAGAGCCAUUCAGAAAUCAACCAAGACUACUGGGAUGCUCAAGGAGGAAACUCUGGAGCUACAGAAGCAAUUGUGCAUCAAGCGUGAUGCUGCAGUCAGCCAGCUGAAGCAUCAAACUGAGACUAUGAAGUUGCUGGAAAGAGACAUCUAUGAGAUCAACAGAAAACUUGACAUUGUGAACACCGAGAACUGCAGAUUCAAAUUAUGCAAUGCACAGAUGAAAGAAGAUAUCUUGGCAAUGAAUUCUGAAGCUGAAGGCCACCAGUCAGCGAUAGUGAAAAUUGGGAAUGACCUGGCAGUGCUUCGUGGUUUCCUUCUGGAGAGAUGGUCAGAGGACAGCUCUAUUCAGAAGGAAUUUCUGGAGAAUGAGCAGGAAAUUCUGGAUGCAGUGACAGCCCUGCUAAGAAAAAUCCAGCAUCGAGAGGAAAGGGUUGGUGACAUUAACAGCAGGCUACGAAAUAGUCUGGAAGGAAUGGAUUCUCUGCUUGAAAAGAAAUCUAGAAUGGAUGGUGAUGGUAAGACACACCAAAACUUUUUCACUCUGUUCUUUCAGUCCUAGAGGAGUUCCAUUCAAUUUGUUCUCUGUGAUAAAGCACGCAUAGUACAGCUGUGUUAAGUCACCCUCCUGCAGAUUAAGGCUUUGUGGUAAAGCUGGUGCAUUUUUUGUAGAACUGGGCCUGGAUAUUAGAAUUAAUAGUAGCCUGGGUGCUAUUAUCAUCUUUAAUUUCCACUUUUUAGAGGCUUGUGAUAACAACUGUUAUUACACUAGGGCAUUAGCUUGCUUCAGUUCCUCUUUUUAGUUCUAAGCCUAUAGAUUUCUGCUUUCCUUCUUGGUUCACAGGGACCUUGUUUGUAAUGAGUCACAGGCUUGGUCAGGGUAUGACUACUGCCUUGUUACAGAAAGCAGGUUCUAAUUGUGUUGUGGAGCUGAUAAAGCUGUGCUAUUGAGGCUGCUUUGAAAUUGUUGGGUCUGGGUUAUAUGCCAGGAAGAGGGAACUAACAGAGGAAGGCAAUGUCCCAAGGAGGAAACCAGGCAGAGGAGGGAAGGACAAUGUAUAGCAGAAGAGCUCCCUGCUUCAUCUGAAGGCCAGUGUCAGUACUGCUUCCUGGGCACAACAUGCAGAGGAGGUUUUUCCUAACACAUGAAAUCCAUGCAUGGAAACAAAUGCACGUAAACACACACAGUUCUCAGUACUGCACCUCUGCAAAAGCCUUUUCCUGCCUGUUGCUGCCCUGUCUGCUCACUUUCCUACAGGGAGUAACACACGGGGUUUAAGAUCAUACUUCUAGAACUCUGUAUUCAUGCGUCUGCAACUGGCAUUUUCUUUCU